UGUUCCUGUGUCGGCACAGCAAUUACAGGAAGAGCACUCGGUAAUUUCAACUAGUGUCGACUACGUGUUCUUAACAGCCUUUUGUCAAUAACCUGAUAUUAGCUCAUUUCACAGUGAACGUACCAGUGAAAUUAAGACUUUCGAAAUGGGAGUAUAGUGGUUGUAAGAGCAGCUCCAGAGUACCUUAGCCUAGCCGAGCUGAGCUGCUGAACUGCAACAGUUAAGAGUAGGUUUGGAUGUUAAGUUUAGCUAAGUUGAGUUUUUAUAAAUAAAGGUUUGCUUCCACAUCCUGACAUGGAGUCAUUUGGAACCAUUGGCACAGUUCUUGGAUGCUCUGCGGGCAUUGCGGUGGGUGGGCUUGUGUUUGCAGCCUACAAACUUGGUUUACUCUACCAGUUGUUUCACAAGACUGAGACGAAGAGCCCACGACAUGGUGGCGAGAGCGUGGCAGAGGUGCUCCGCGCCCACGGGGUCAAGUACGUUUUCACCCUUGUCGGUGGACACAUCUCGCCUAUCCUGGUGGCUUGCGAGAAGUUGGGCAUCCGCAUUGUGGACACCAGACAUGAGGCCACUGCUGUCUUCGCUGCUGAUGCUGUGGCGAGACUCUCAGGAACUGUUGGCAUAGCAGCAGUGACUGCUGGCCCAGGCCUCACUAACACAGUGACAGCAGUGAAGAAUGCUCAGAUGGCUGAAUCUCCAUUGCUGCUCAUGGGAGGAGCUGCUGGUACACUACUUCAGGGCAGAGGAGCGCUGCAAGAUAUCGAUCAGAUGUCUCUCUUCAAGCCGCUGUGUAAGUUCUGUGCCUCCAUCAGGACUAUCAGGGAGAUUGUGCCUACUGUCAGGAAAGCCCUAGCCAUCGCCCAGUCGGGAACUCCUGGACCCGUUUUCAUAGAGUUCCCCAUCGACACGCUCUAUCCCUACCAUCUUGUGUCCAAAGAGUUUGGAGUUAAGAACCCUCCCAAAGGCCUGAUGGGCAAAAUUGUCUCAUGGUAUGUUAUCAGCAUUUCUUGUAUACUAUGCACGUUACUAUUUAGUGUACAAAAGUGCAUAGAGCUGGUGAGUCGAGCCAAGAAACCUGUUAUUCUGCUGGGUAGCCAAGCAACACUACCCCCGACGCCAGCCGAUGACAUCAGGAAGGCAUUGGAGGACCUGGGUAUCCCAUGCUUCCUUGGGGGCAUGUCCCGUGGCAUGCUGGGUAAAGACAGCCCCAUCCACAUCAGACAGAACAGGCGAGAUGCUCUGAAGGAGGCUGACGUGGUGCUAUUAGCAGGCACUGUGUGUGACUUCCGGCUGAGCUACGGCAGAGUUCUCAACAGACGCAGUAAGAUCAUCGCUGUCAACAGAGAUAAGUUGCAGCUGAUGAAAAACUCAGAUAUGUUCUGGAAACCAACUAUAGCAAUUCAGGGUGAUGCUGGUUCAUUUUUAGUGCGGCUUUCCAAUGGCCUGAAGGGCCAUCGCUGUCCAGAGGAAUGGUCUCAGAGCCUCAAAGCAGGAGAUGUGACCAAAGAAAAUGCAAACAGGGCUAAAGCUGAUGAGAAGACCGAACGCCACUUAAAUCCCUUGAAAGUCCUCCACUGUGUGGAUGAGGUGAUGGCGGAGGACAGCAUCAUUGUUGCCGAUGGGGGUGAUUUUGUUGGAAGUGCUGCUUACAUAAUGAGACCAAGAGGACCUAUGCGAUGGCUAGAUCCAGGAGCCUUUGGGACCCUGGGAGUUGGAGGAGGAUUUGCCUUGGGGGCAAAACUGUGCCGGCCUGAAUCUGAGGUGUGGAUAGUGUAUGGUGACGGCUCCUUAGGAUACAGUGUUGCAGAGUUUGACACAUUCACUAGACACAAGACACCAGUUAUAGCUGUGGUGGGAAAUGACGCAUGUUGGAGUCAGAUAUCCAGAGAGCAGGUUCCCAUACUUGGCAGCAACGUGGCGUGUGGCCUUGCGUUUACAGAUUAUCAUUUAGUGGCAGAUGGUUACGGUGGUAAGGGCUACCUUGUAGGGCGGGAGGAUGAGGACAGGCUAAGCGACAUCAUCCGCCAGGCUCAGAGGGAGGCCCAGGAGGGCAAGGCUACACUUCUCAAUGUUCUGAUAGGGAAGACCAACUUUAGAGAGGGCUCUAUCUCUGUAUAGAGCAGCUGUGAUUUUUUAGAACUCCUUCCUUUACCCUUGGAUCUUCAUAGACUUUACUAUCAGGCUCUAUGAGGGGUUUUAGAGAGAAGGAAGAUAGUGCUGGAUACUGUGUAGAGCCAUGACCAGACCAAUGCUAAUCCUUUGUGCCCUUAAAGCCAUAUUUCACUUUGGUAAUGGAAAAUUACUUCACAGUGUGCUGAUCUCCUACAAGACUUUAUGAACCAUCACUUACUUCCCUCCUCAGACAAGUCAGAAAUCAUACUAGUAAGACAUCUGCAAACACCAGAAUAAGGACUCUGAUAUUUCAAUAUCAAAGUGUAAUUAUUUAUAAAUCUGCAGUCUAUGUUAUUUACUACUGUAUUACAUUAUACUUGAGUGAAGUACUACAGCUCCAGAUCUGCCAGCCUAGAAACUAAAUCUUUUGUUGUGCCUCGUGCAACUUUGAUGUCCAUGUUGUGGAUAAUUGCUGCAUUUUAAAAAGGGAAGGAGUGAGAAAUCAGAAUAUCUUGCUUUGUUAAGGGUUUUUACCUCUUCAGGAGCUUGUGGUUAGACUUUUGACCUUUAAACAGCCUAUUAUAACUUUCUUGCAAAUAAACCAGUGACUGAAAAUCAUAUGUAAGAGAGAGCAUUGAUAAAAGUUAUCCAAUGCGACCAGUAUGCCUUUUCUCCUGUUAGUUAAUGAACGAAGAGCCUUUUUCUGGGGAGACAUUCAACUUUACAGCUGUAAUGUUCUUUAUUGGUUGAUGAUUUGGGAUAAAAAUGUGUUCAAUGAAAAAUAUUUUUUGAAUGUUGAAGAUUGACAAAUUGUAUGCCUUUUAAUGUUUGCGUCUUCGAAUACAAUUGAUAUGUGUAGAUUGAAUAUGUGUCUGCUGAUUCAGUUAUGUAUUUGCAUAUUUAAUACUCACUUGUAUGCAUUGAUGUGGGCAUAUAAAUAUGCCUAUACCCAAUAUGUAUUGCACUAUAAUUAUAAAUUAUUUACUCACCCAGGUAAACACGUGUGGAUCAUCUCACUCCAAAAUACAUGUAUAUUGCUGUUCCAUUUGGUACUUUGAGGAAAGUACAUCAAACGUUUGAUCAUACAAUGUUAAUUUGGGUUCAUUCUCAAAUAAAUUGAAAAAGGAAA